AAAUUUUCAAGAAAAUACAUUUUCCCUUCUUUUCUGCAGGACCCUAGGGCUAUUCGCUUCUUUGAUCGCCGGGACUAUUACACUGCUCAUGGUGAGAAUGCAACUUUCAUUGCAAAGACAUAUUACCACACUACAACAGCUUUACGCCAGCUAGGAAGUGGAUCGAAUGCCAUUUCUACUGUUAGUGUGAAUAAAAACAUGUUUGAAACAGUGGCCCGUGACCUUCUUCUUGAGAGAACUGAUCAUACUCUCGAAUUGUAUGAGGGUAAUGGAUCAAAUUGGAAACUAGUGAAAAGUGGAACCCCGGGAAAUCUGGGUAGUUUUGAAGAUAUUCUGUUUGCGAACAAUGAAAUGCAGGAUUCUCCAGUGGUUGUUGCUCUAUUUCCGAACUUCCGUGAUAAUGGAUGCACUUUGGGACUAGGCUAUGUGAAUCUUACCACACGAGUGCUUGGAUUGACAGAGUUUCUCGAUGAUAGUCACUUCACAAAUGUGGAGUCAGCUUUUGUUGCUCUUGGCUGCAAGGAAUGUCUCUUGCCUGUUGAGAGCACCAAAUCUAGUGAAUAUAGAUCCUUGAAUGAUGCAAUGACAAGGUGUGGUGUGAUGGUAACUGAAAGAAAGAAAAAUGAGUUUAAAGGAAGAGACUUGGUACAGGAUCUCAGUAGGCUUGUUAAAGGUUCUAUUGAACUGGUAAGAGAUCUAGUCGCUGGGUUUGAAUUUGCACCUGGAGCUCUCAGUUGUAUAAUAUCCUAUGUAGAAUUACUUUCGGAUGAGAGCAAUUACGGAAACUAUACUAUCCGACAAUACAAUCUUGACAGUUACAUGAGAUUAGAUUCUGCUGCCAUGAAGGCACUAAAUGUCAUGGAGAGUAAAUCUGAUGCUAAUAAAAACUUUAGUUUGUUUGGCCUCAUGAAUAGGACUUGUACUGCUGGAAUGGGUAAACGUUUACUGCACAUGUGGCUGAAACAACCUUUAUUAGAUGUAAAUGAAAUCAACAGUAGGCUGGAUUUAGUGCAAGCCUUUGUGGAGGAUACUGCUCUUCGGCAAGAUUUAAGGCAGCAUUUGAAAAGAAUUUCUGAUAUUGAGAGACUGAUACGCUGUCUCCAGAAUAAACGAGCAAGUUUGUUUCAUAUUGUUAAGCUUUAUCAGAUGCUCUUAGUUACUGGCUCAUGUUGUGGUGAUUGCAAUGUUAGUGGUGUUGGGGGGAGGAGGGCUGCAGAGGGUUGGGGAAGAAUAUUAAGACACAUUCAAAAACACAUCAUACUAAUUUUAUUUUAUUUUUUAAUGGUGCUGCUGAACUUUUAUUAUAGAUUUUGUUGGACUUUAUACUCAUCUUGGCUAAAAUUUUUGCCUGAACUACUAUUGUCAGGCCUAGCUUGGGCCAUUUGUGAGUACAUUGUUGAAGUGAUUAAAGCGCCAACAUUGUUUGCAACUCAUUUUCAUGAGCUGACUGCAUUAGCUCAUGAAAAUGGCAGUUGUGAGCAUUCUUCAAAGAAUAUUAUAGGUGUAGCGAAUUAUCAUGUCAGUGCACACAUCGACUCAUCAAGUCGCAAGCUGACCAUGCUUUACAAGGUUGAACCUGGGGCCUGUGAUCAAAGUUUUGGGAUACAUGUUGCGGAAUUUGCCAACUUUCCUGAAAGUGUUGUUGCGCUUGCUAGACAAAAGGCCUCUGAACUAGAAGAUUUCUCGCCCAUGGCAAUUGUUUCCAAUGAUGCCAAGGAGAUUUUUGCUAAGCGGAAGAGAGAGUUCGAUCCUGAUGAUAUAUCUAGAGGCACCUCACGAGCUCACAAAUUCUUAAAGGACUUCACUGAGUUGCCACUAGACAAGAUGGACUUGGAACUGGCAUUGCAACAUGUGAGCAAAUUAAGGACGGACUUGGAGAAAGACACAACAAACAGUUGCUGGCUCCAGCAGUUCUUUCAAUAACUGUCUUCAAAUGUCAUCCCCGUCUUCUAUAUUGUUUUGGUAUUUGUGAAGUUAGUGACUUUGUAAAUGAGAUGCGAAUAUUUAUUCCUCUAUGCAGAAGCACCAAAAGUAAAAUCAGCCCUUAUGUGUAGUUGGCACUGGGGUCUUUGGAAGAUGAUGAUGUAAUAUCUGUACGGUUUUGCAAUAGUUUUUGACCUUGACAGGAAAUUUUGUCACCAUCACCUGCUCAAGGGUGAGUCGGAGUUGUUAUUUCCAUGGCUAAAUGCAGCGCCACUCUUGUACAUAUGGGCAUCUUCUGUAUGCACUGUUUCUUAAAAAGUUAAGCCAGACUACAUUAAUCAUGGUCAUUCAGCUCUUUCUCAA